GUUAUGUGGUUGAACUGCCUUUGUCCGCGUUUUUCUUCGACCUGUUAAGAACUCGUCGUUGAUGAUGGAUCCGAAAAUAAUCUUGUUUUACACACGCGGGUUUCAUUUCCUGCUUCUCUUUUCGCACGUCGCAUAUGGAGACCUGAGCUAUUCUUUUCCGGAGGAGAUGAAACGAGGAUCGGUCAUUGGGAAUUUAGCCAAGGAUCUCGGGCUGGAGACGGGCGCUCUCUCUACCAGAAGAGCCCGUAUUGACACCGACGGGACUGACAAACGUUACUGUGACAUCAACCUGAAUAACGGAGAGCUGAUUGUUGCCGACAGGAUUGACCGAGAGGGAAUUUGUGGAGAAAAGGCUUCGUGCAUCCUGAAACACGAGAUUGUGAUGGAGAAUCCUCUCGAGCUUCAUCGGAUUAGUCUUCACAUUCAAGAUAUCAAUGAUAACUCGCCUCAAUUUAACGAAGACUCGAUCAAUUUAGAAAUUCACGAGUCAGCAGACAGGGGAGCUCGUUUUGUGAUAGAAGAGGCGCACGAUGCGGAUGUGGGGCAAAAUUCAGUUCAGCAGUACAGCCUUAAAAAGAAUGAUAAUUUCAUUUUGGCUGCUAAUGGAAACACGAUACACCUUAUUCUUGAUAAAGAGCUUGAUCGUGAAAAACAAAAAGAGAUCAAUCUGCUCCUCACAGCUCUAGAUGGAGGCUCUCCUCAGAGAUCAGGCACUGUAGUCAUACACGUCACUGUGCUGGAUGCUAAUGAUAACGAGCCAGUGUUCAGCCAGGCCGUUUAUAAAGCCAGUCUGCCUGAAAACUCUCCUGUAGAUACUGUAGUGGUCACAGUGAGCGCUACUGAUGCAGACGAGGGAAUUAAUGGAGAUGUGACGUAUGACUUUGGACAUGUUACUGAAGAUGUGAAGAAGAUAUUUAGUAUUGACCGUAAAUCAGGUGAGAUACGAGUAAUUGGCGCUGUUGACUAUGAAAGUACCACAUCAUAUGAAAUACGCGUAAAAGCAAAAGAUGGAUUGGGGCUGUCAUCUUAUGCGAAGGCGAUAAUUUCUGUCACUGAUGUGAAUGACAACGCCCCUGUCGUCAAUUUAAAAUCACUGACGAAUCCCAUACCAGAAGACACCACACCUGGUACAGAGGUGGGCAUCAUUAACGUGCAGGACAGAGACUCAGAGCGCAACAGACAGGUCCGCUGCUCCAUUCAGCAAGGAGCCCCUUUUAAGUUGGUUCCUUCUAUUAAAAACUAUUAUUCUCUGGUGACCACAGGACAACUGGACCGUGAACUAGUGUCUGAUUACAACAUCACAAUCACUGCCACUGACGAGGGCUCUCCACCUCUGUCCUCCUCUAAAAGUGUUCAGUUAUCUGUAGCAGACAUCAACGACAACCCACCUGUGUUUGAGCACCAGUCGUACAGCGCAUAUGUGAGUGAAAAUAACAAACCCGGCUCCACUUUAUGUUCCGUUACUGCUCGAGACCCCGACUGGAGACAAAACGGUACAGUGAUUUAUUCUGUGUUACCCGGUGAGGUGAACGGUGCCCCGGUGUCCUCCUAUGUGUCUGUUAACGGAGACACGGGGGUGAUCCACGCUGUGAGGUCGUUUGAUUAUGAACAGUUGAGGAGUUUUAAAGUGCAGGUGAUGGCCAGAGACAACGGUUCUCCUCCUCUCAGCAGCAACGUGACCGUCAGUGUGUUCGUAUCGGAUGUGAACGACAACUCUCCUCAGAUACUGUACCCCGCCCCGGAGGGCAACUCCUUCAUGACCGAGCUGGUCCCCAAAGCUGCACACGGAGGCUCUCUGGUGUCCAAAGUGAUCGCGGUGGACGCGGACUCCGGACAGAACGCCUGGCUGUCCUAUGAAAUAGUGAAAUCCACCGAUCCGGGACUUUUCACUAUCGGUGUCCACAGCGGAGAGAUCAGGACACAGCGGGACAUUUCUGAAUCUGACAGCAUGAAACAGAACCUUAUUGUGUCAGUGAAAGAUAACGGACAGCCCUCUCUGUCUGCCACCUGUUCCAUGUAUUUACUUAUUUCUGAUAACUUGGCUGAGGUGCCAGAACUGAAGGACAUUUCUUAUGAUGAGAAGAAUUCCAAACUGACUUCUUAUCUGAUCAUCGCGCUGGUGUCUGUGUCCACCUUUUUCCUGACCUUCAUCAUCAUCAUACUGGGUGUGAGGUUUUGUCGCAGGAGAAAGCCCAGACUGUUGUUUGAUGGAGCAGUCGCCAUCCCCAGCGCUUAUCUCCCUCCUAAUUACGCAGAUGUUGACGGUACAGGAACUUUACGCAGCGCUUACAACUAUGACGCAUAUCUGACAACAGGAUCUAGAACCAGCGACUUUAAGUUUGUGACAUCUUACAAUGAUAGCACACUGCCUGCUGACCAGACUCUGAGGAAAAGUCCAUCAGACUUUCCAGAUAUGUUUGGAGAUUGUGAUGGUUCUCCUGAGAUUGAGGAUUUAGUCAAAAUGUCGACAGAACAUCGGCUUCUGAAAGCAUGUUUAAUAAUAGACCAGCGAAAAAACUUGAAAGGGUGGAUGCGUUUUUUGCUGUUUAUCCCCCUUUUUGGCGUGUCGUUUGGAGAAGUCCGCUACAGCCUUCCCGAGGAGAUGCAGCGGGGCUCGGUUAUCGGGAAUGUUGCGCGGGACCUGGGGCUGAAAGUAACGGAUCUUGAUGCUCGUCGAGCCCGUGUUGUUGCCGAAGGAACUCGACAGCUGUGUGAGCUGGACACUGCGUCAGGAAAUCUUUUGAUCAGCCAACGGAUAGACCGAGAGGAGCUCUGCGCACAAGCCAAUGUCUGCAUCCUACAGUAUCAGCUCUUACUCGAAGAUCCCCUUCAAGCAUACAGUUUAGUUUUGGACAUUACUGAUAUAAAUGACAACAGCCCGGUGUUUGCCGCAGGAGAGAUCAAACUAGAUUUGGUCGAAUCCACAGUUCUGGGGAGGCGCUUUCCCUUGGAGAGCGCGCAUGACCCCGAUCUGGGAACCAACUCCGUCCGUGAAUAUAAACUGAGCCCGAAUGAACACUUUGCACUGGAAAUGAGCACACAGAUAAACGGCAAUGGUUAUCCUGAACUUGUUCUUAAAAAACCCUUGGACCGGGAGGCGCAGGCUGAACAUAUACUGAAAAUCAAUGGAAUUGAUGGCGGGCGCCCAGUCAGAUCAGGGACUGCUUCUAUCUUUAUCCGUGUUCUGGACGCCAAUGACAAUGUCCCAGUUUUUAGCCAACGAGUUUACAAAGUCUCUGUGCCAGAAAACUCGCCCAUAGGGACUCUCAUUGCGACGCUCAAUGCCACAGACUUAGAUGAAGGUGUUUAUGGAGAGAUAACAUUCUCGUUCAGUCACCUGUCAGACAUGAUGGGGGGAGUUUUUGAAAUCAACCCCCUGAGUGGAGAAGUUCGGGUGGCAGGUAUUAUUGACUAUGAAGAGGCCAGUACGCAUGAGCUGGAUGUUCAGGCUAAAGACGGUGGCGGUCAGGCUUCUCACUGUAAACUUGUAAUUGACGUCAUUGAUGUUAAUGACAACAAACCUGUGAUAGAGAUAAAGUCAGCCUCUGCUAACGUGGCUGAAGACUCUAAACCAGGAACCAUGGUUGCUCUGAUUAAUGUUUAUGACUUGGACACUGGCAGCAGUGGGCGCGUCACGUGUACAAUUCCAGAGGACGUUCCAUUCAAACUUGUCUCAGAGGUCAAAAACUAUUUCAUGUUGGUGACUGACGGGAUCUUAGACAGGGAGUUUCAAUCAGAAUAUAACAUCACAGUGACUGCCACUGAUGCGGGCUCUCCCUCCCUCUCCGGUUUAAAAGUUUUAAAAAUCGUGGUUACUGACAUAAAUGACAACCCUCCAACUUUUACGCAGAAAGAGUACGAUGCCAACAUCUUGGAAAACCAACCCGUUGGUACAUUUGUGAUGAAAGUGAAGGCAGAGGACACCGACGACGCGUCUAAUGCUAAAAUCCUGUACCAAAUAUCGAGGGACACAAACUCAGAAGCGUCCUCCUUCCUUACCAUCAACGCAGAAACGGGAGAGCUGUUCACAUCGCGCCUCUUUGAUUAUGAGCAGUCAGUUCACUUCCAAAUCAAGGUGACGGCUCGAGAUGGAGGCGACCCUCCACUCUCCAGCACCUGCACCAUAAACGUUUUUAUUAAAGACCAAAAUGACAAUGCACCUGUCGUCUUGUAUCCCGUCCAAACCACCGGGUUCAUAGCUGAAGACAUGGUGCCAGUUGAAGCGCCUCGGGGUUACCUGGUUACGAAGGUGGUAGCUGUGGACGCCGACUCCGGCCAUAACGCCUGGCUUUCAUACAGAAUCAUCCGAGCCACGCGGCCCAACCUGUUCAUGGUCGGACUGCAUACGGGAGAGAUCAGAACUGUGCGAGCAUUCAUGGAGGACGAUGAGCCGAAACAUACUGUGUUAGUUCUAGUGACGGAUAACGGGCACGAAAGUCUGUCCGCCACCGUCACAGUCAGCAUAGCAGUUGGAGACGGACUGCCAGUUUUAAACGAACUAUUUGAGUUUGCAGAAGAAUCACCGGACAGCGAAAACAUAACUCUCUAUUUGAUUAUCGCCCUGGCAGCAGUUUCCUCUCUUUUCAUCCUCCUAAUCAGCGGGGUGUUUUAUUUCAAACUGUGCAAGCGUAGUUAUGUUUACCGUUCAACCACCGCCAAUCUCCCGGUUUUCCCCGGGACCUACUGCCCCCCUAGUUUUACAGAUCUAAGCCGUUGUGGGACCCUGCUGAAAGAUGAGCGCUACGAUUCCUUCCUGACCACCGGGUCCUGGAGGGGCGAUUUCCGUUUCGUCUCAAACACAGACACUGACACACUUAAGAAGAGAAGUGCAGCAUACCAAAGCACCCUUAGGCGCACGAGUACAGAUAGAAAUACUCUGAAGGUGAGGGCAGGUGUACCGCAUCCUCGUUACGAAAUGGAUAUUCAGAGGAGCAAAGGCACUUCACUGGAUUGGCGACUCUCCAUUUUUCUUUUCUCUGUUGUUGCUGCGGCGAGUGGACAAAUUCGUUAUUCUGUACCGGAGGAGAUGAGGAAAGGCCUUUUCGUCGGAGACAUUGCAAAAGACCUGGGCUUGGAUAUCAAAAGGUUGGUUUCUGGUAGGGCUCGACUUGUUAUAGAUGGUGAAAACCAAUACGUCGCGCUGAACCAGAACAAAGGGCAUAUCGUUGUCAAUGAGAUAAUUGACAGAGAAAAAUUAUGCGCCAAGAAAUCGCCCUGCAGCUUUGGCCUAGAAAUUGUCCUCGAAGAUCCACUUGAAUUGUUUUCCAUUACCAUCGAAAUACAAGAUGUAAACGACCAUGCUCCGGCUUUUCCCAAAAAGGAGAUUAAUUUGGAAAUAAGCGAAUCGACGCCCACGGGCACUGUGUUCUUGCUUGAUAGCGCAGCAGAUCCCGACGUAGGAAUAAAUUCGCUGCAAAGUUACUCUUUAAAGACAAACGAUCAUUUUGUUCUCAAACAGCACACUCGAACAGAUGGGAGUAAGUAUGCUGAAAUGAUGCUUCAGAGCAGUUUGGACCGCGAGAAGCAAAGCGAGCAUACACUCAUAUUGACUGCUGUUGAUGGUGGAGAGCCGCAGAGGUCUGGAACAGUGAAAAUACAUGUAUCUGUUCUGGACGCAAACGACAACGCACCUGUCUUUACGCAGUCCGUUUACAAAGCAUCUGUCUUGGAAAAUGUUUUGCGAGGUACAGUUAUCGCAAAAGUCAGUGCUGUGGAUGCCGAUCAAGGUUACAAUGGUAACGUCUCAUACUCGUUCACCCAUUUAGAGGAGGACUCCUGUCCUUUCGAAAUAAAUUCUCACUCGGGAGAGGUUAAACUCACCGGUGACAUCGAUUAUGAGGUUUCUCCAAAUUACGAAAUAAACCUUCAAGCAAGAGAUCCAUGGGGUGUAGCAGGUGCCAGCAAAUUAAUAAUCGAGAUAGGCGAUGUGAAUGAUAAUAGUCCAAUAAUAACAAUGGCGUCAUAUGCUGGUAAAAUUUCCGAGGAUUCAACUCCUGGCACAGUUGUGGCGCUGAUCAGUGUCCAAGAUAAAGAUUCAGGUAAAAGCGGACAGGUGCAUUUAAAUAUAGAAGAAAAUCUUCCGUUCAAAAUUAAAUCGUCUCUCAGAAACUAUUACACAUUGGUCACGGAUCAAAAUCUUGACCGAGAAAAGCGUUCCAAGUAUAAUAUCACUCUCACUGCAACAGAUGAGGGCUUGCCUGCCUUAUCAAGCAGGAAAACUGUCUCUUUAGACGUUACUGAUGUUAAUGAUAACGCACCAGCUUUCAGCAAAAGUGUUUACAGCACUCAGGUGAUGGAGAACAAUUCUCCUGGUGUCACUCUGCUUCAGAUCCACGCCACAGAUCCAGAUCAGGGCCAGAAUGCACGCAUAUCAUAUUUUCUGAUUGACGGUGAGGUCAGUGGAAAUCCUGUCUCCGCAUAUUUCUCCAUUAAUACUGAGAGUGGAGUCAUUCAGUCUUUGCGUUCUCUUGACUAUGAACAAGUGAAGGAGUACAAAGUACGAGUCAAAGCGCAAGAUGGAGGUUCUCCACCCCUCAGUAGUAACACGACAGUCAUCGUGCGUGUCCAGGACCAGAACGACAACCCUCCUCAGGUUCUGUACCCGGUCCAGACUGGAGGCUCUCUGGUGGCUGAAAUUGUGCCUCGUUCAGCAGAUGUGGGCUAUCUGGUGACUAAAGUGGUGGCUGUUGAUGUGGACUCUGGACAGAAUGCCUGGCUCUCCUAUAAACUGCAGAAAGCCACAGACAGGGCGCUGUUUGAAGUGGGCUUACAGAAUGGAGAAAUCCGAACUAUCCGCCAGGUGACUGAUAAAGAUGCUGUGAAACAGAGACUGACUGUUAUAGUGGAGGACAACGGGCAGCCCUCUCGUUCAGCUACAGUCAUUGUUAACGUGGCGGUGGCCGACAGCUUCCCGGAAGUGCUGUCGGAGUUCACUGACUUUCCUCACGACAAGGAGUACAAUGACAACCUGACUUUUUACUUAGUGCUGGCUUUGGCUGUAGUGUCCUUCCUGUUCAUCACGUGUUUAGUGGUUAUUAUAUCAGUGAAAAUCUACAGAUGGAGACAGUCUCGCGUCCUGUAUCACUCCAGUCUCCCUGUGAUUCCAUAUUAUCCUCCACGUUACUCAGACACUUUGGGGACAGGGACUCUCCCACACGCGUACGAGGUGUACCGGACGACUGACUCCAGAAAGAGUGACGUCAAGUAUGCGCAACCACUGACUCAAAGUUUGGUUAGUGUGGAUGGAACUGAAACUCUGCAGAAUGGAGAGCAGUCAUCAGCCAUAUCUCACAUGUCCACUCUGAGAACGCUGUUUUUUUAGAUGGCAUUUAAAGAACAUCACCGAGACAGAGGAGUAAGAUGGCGAUUGUACGGGAAAUUGCGUGGGGCAGUCUGCCUGGUUAUUAUUCAGUUCAUUUUUCUUAAUCAAGCGGAGGCACAGAUCCGGUAUUCGAUCCCGGAGGAGAUGAAGAAAGGAUCUCUUGUUGGUAACGUCGCACAGGACCUCGGUUUGGAUCUGAGAAGGCUCCGUUCUGGUCGGGCCCGUAUCGUGACCGGAGAAAACAUCCAGUACACCGAGCUGAAGACAGACAAAGGGACCUUGGUGGUGAAUGAGAGAAUAGACCGAGAGCAGCUUUGUGGAGACGUCACACCGUGCAGCUUUACCUUUGAAAUUUUAUUGGAAAAGCCAAUGGAGCUGCACCCCGUGACCAUAGAAGUAUUAGACGUAAACGACAACGCUCCUUCUUUCCAGAACAGCCACUUGGAAUUUGAAAUAAGCGAAUCAGCUGCCCUCGGGUCCCGUUUUGUUCUAGAGAGUGCGGACGAUGCUGAUGUUGGGGAAAACGGUCUGCAGAACUACAUUUUAACUCCGAACGACAAUUUUGUUUUGAAACAACAUGUUAAUCCAGACGGCAGUAAAUAUGCUGAAAUGGUGCUUCAGAAAGCCUUAGACAGAGAAGCACAGCCACGCCUGUCCCUCAAACUGCUGGCUGUGGACGGAGGAAAUCCACAGAGAUCUGGUACAGUAAAUAUAGAGAUCCGUAUUCUAGAUGUUAAUGAUAAUGCGCCUGUGUUUAAUCAGUCUAUUUAUAAGGCCGCAGUGACUGAAAAUGCACCAAAAGGCAGCCAUAUUGUUACUGUGAAUGCAAGCGACAUAGACAGCGGUUCAAACGGAAAGGUAACAUACUCCUUUUCAAAAUCUAAAGCAGGAGUAGCUGAUCUGUUCGAUAUCGACGAGGCUACUGGCCGGAUAUAUGUGGCAAAGGAAAUAGAUUUUGAAAAAGACAGAAAGAUUGAGUUCAGGGUUGAAGCUAAAGAUCAGGGCGGAUUGACUGAUUCUAGCAAAGUUGAAAUUGAGGUUAUCGACGUAAAUGAUAAUGCUCCGGUCAUUAAUGUCAUGUCAUUCACGAGUCCUGUCUCAGAGGACUCCCCCGUUGGUACCACCAUUGGCAUAAUUAAUGUUAAAGAUCUUGAUUCGGGUGAAAACGGACAAGUGAGGUGCACGAUCGAAGGCGAUGUUCCCUUUAAAAUUAAAUCGAACGUGAGAAAUUAUUAUGCAUUGAUGACUGAUGCUGCGUUAGAUCGUGAAAAUCUGCUGGAAUGUAACAUCACUGUUAUUGCCUCAGACGCAGGAUCGCCUCCCCUCUCAACCAAAAGAACCUUUUAUCUGAAGGUCUCGGAUGUUAAUGAUAACGCUCCAGUGUUUCUAAGAGGCUCUUACACUGCCUUCGUCGCUGAGAAUAACUCUCCAGGUGUAUACUUAAUGAGUGUUACCGCUAAAGACCCCGAUGAAAACCAGAACGCCCGUGUUUCCUAUAUUUUAGAAGAGUCUGAGAUUGGCGGAACUCCUGUUUCUGCGUAUGUUUCUGUGAAUGCAGAAAGUGGAGUGAUACACGCAGUGCGCACAUUGGAUUAUGAGCAGAUCAAACAGCUGAUUUUCGUCGUCAAAGCGCAGGAUGGAGGCUCUCCUCCACUCAGCAGUAAUGUGAGUGUGAAAAUAAUGAUCCAGGACCAGAACGACAACCCUCCUCAGGUUCUGUACCCGGUCCAGACUGGAGGCUCUGUGGUGGCUGAAAUGGUGCCUCGCUCAGCAGAUGUGGGCUAUCUGGUGACUAAAGUGGUGGCUGUUGAUGUGGACUCUGGACAGAAUGCCUGGCUCUCCUAUAAACUGCAGAAAGCCACAGACAGGGCGCUGUUUGAAGUGGGCUUACAGAAUGGAGAAAUCCGAACUAUCCGCCAGGUGACUGAUAAAGAUGCUGUGAAACAGAGACUGACUGUUAUAGUGGAGGACAACGGGCAGCCUUCUCGUUCAGCUACAGUCAUUGUUAACGUGGCGGUGGCCGACAGCUUCCCGGAAGUGCUGUCGGAGUUCACUGACUUUCCUCACGACAAGGAGUACAAUGACAACCUGACUUUUUACUUAGUGCUGGCUUUGGCUGUAGUGUCCUUCCUGUUCAUCACGUGUUUAGUGGUUAUUAUAUCAGUGAAAAUCUACAGAUGGAGACAGUCUCGCGUCCUGUAUCACUCCAGUCUCCCUGUGAUUCCAUAUCAUCCUCCACGUUACUCAGACACUUUGGGGACAGGGACUCUCCCACACGUGUACAACUACGAGGUGUGCAGGACGACUGACUCCAGAAGGAGUGACUGUAAGUUCGGCGGAGCUGGUAGUCAGAACGUGUUGAUAAUGGACCCCAGUUCUACAGGGACGAUGCAGCGGAUACAGAGUGAGAAGAGCAUCCUGGAUGAACCAGACUCUCCUCUAGAGGUCAGUUCAAUGAUGUGGUCUCGUCUCUGUGCCAUUAUUUGUUUGUUUGCGUUUGGUUUCAUUGAUGGUGAACAUUUGCACCCUAUACAGUUAAUUUCAGCACCUUGGAAAGCUCUCUCGCUCUUUAGAGGGAGUAAUAAGUGUCGUUCUUGGAUCAUUGUUGGACAUAUUUUCGUGUUUUUUUUCCCCUUUGCUAUGGCUCGUGGAAUAUCAGCCUACACUCGGUGCGUAAAAUGGCGCUUUGGCUGCGGACAGAAUUGGCAUCUUCUGUUCUUCCUUUUUUAUGUCACUUCUAUGGUGAGCGGACAUAUUCGAUAUUCAAUCCCAGAGGAGAUGAAGAAAGGCUCUCUGAUCGGUAACGUAGCACAGGACCUGGGUUUGGAUCUGAGAAGGCUUCGUUCUGGUCGGGCCCGUAUCGUGACCGGAGAGAGCAUCCAGUACACCGAGCUGAAGACAGACAAAGGGAUUCUAGUCGUCAAAGAGAGAAUAGACCGAGAGCAGCUUUGCGGAGACGUGACACCGUGUAGUUUCAGCUUCGAGGUGAUUUUAGAAAACCCCAUGGAGCUUCAUCAAAUCACAGUUGAAAUCACAGAUAUAAAUGAUCAUUCACCCUCGUUCAAACGAGACAGAAUGCAAUUUGAAAUCGGCGAAUCAGCUAAUGCAGGUGCUCGUUUUUUAUUAACUAGUGCAGAAGACCCAGAUGUAGGUGUGAAUGGACUCAGAGAAUAUUUUCUGUCCGAGAAUGAUAAUUUUGUUCUGAAGCAAAACUCUAAUGCAGAUGGAAAGAAGUAUGCAGAGAUGGUGUUGCAGAAGCCAUUAGACAGAGAGACGAAUCCGCAUCUGUCUCUAAAGCUAAUAGCUGUCGACGGUGGAACUCCGCAGAAAUCUGGUACAGUAAACAUAGAUAUCACUGUUCUUGAUAUCAAUGACAACGCACCUGUAUUUAAUCAGUCUGUGUACAAAGCUACAGUGAUGGAGAACUCUCCCAGAGACACUUACGUCACCACUGUUAAUGCUACUGACGCAGAUGUUGGUUCAAAUAGUGUAGUGACGUAUUAUUUUUCGGAUCUGAGUGGUGGACUUGGUAAUUUGUUUACAGUAAAUGAAAAUAGCGGUACUAUUUCAAUAACAGGAUCUAUUGAUUAUGAGAAAGACAAAAAGUACGAGCUCAGGAUCGAGGCAAAAGAUCAGGGAGGAUUAUCUGAUUCAAGUAAAGUAGUAAUUGAAGUAAUUGAUGUAAAUGACAACGCCCCAACUCUUAGCGUCAUGUCAUUCACCAGUCCUGUGUCAGAAGAUUCCCCUGCUGGAACAACUAUUGGCAUCAUGAAUGUAAAAGAUCUUGAUUCAGGUGAAAACGGACAAGUUAACUGUGGAAUCGAACAAAAUGCACCUUUCAAGAUUAAAUCUAAUUUGAGGAAUUACUACACUUUGGUAACAGACAAUGUAUUAGAUCGUGAACGUGUUUCAGAAUAUAACAUCACUGUAGUAGCAACAGAUGCAGGAAUGCCUCCUCUCUCCACAAAGAAAACCUUUCAUUUAAAGGUGUCUGAUGUGAACGAUAAUGCUCCAGUGUUUCCACCGAGUGUUUACAAUGCGUUCAUCUCAGAGAACAACUCUCCUGGUGUUUCUGUUCUCACGCUGAGAGCUAAAGAUCCUGAUGAGAACCAGAACGCCCGAAUAUCUUAUAUUCUGGAAGAUGCAAAUAUCGGUGCGUCUCCAGUUUCUGAAUAUGUUUCUAUAAAUGCAGAGAGCGGAGUGAUACACGCAGUGCGUUCAUUUGAUUAUGAGCAGAUCAAACAGCUGGUUUUCGUCGUGAAAGCGCAGGAUGGAGGCUCUCCUCCACUCAGCAGUAACGUGAGUGUGAAAAUAAUGAUCCAGGACCAGAACGACAACCCUCCUCAGGUUCUGUACCCGGUCCAGACUGGAGGCUCUGUGGUGGCUGAAAUGGUGCCUCGUUCAGCAGAUGUGGGCUAUCUGGUGACUAAAGUGGUGGCUGUUGAUGUGGACUCUGGACAGAAUGCCUGGCUCUCCUAUAAACUGCAGAAAGCCACAGACAGGGCGCUGUUUGAAGUGGGCUUACAGAAUGGAGAAAUCCGAACUAUCCGCCAGGUGACUGAUAAAGAUGCUGUGAAACAGAGACUGACUGUUAUAGUGGAGGACAACGGGCAGCCCUCUCGUUCAGCUACAGUCAUUGUUAACGUGGCGGUGGCGGACAGCUUCCCGGAAGUGCUGUCGGAGUUCACCGACUUUCCUCACGACAAGGAGUACAAUGACAACCUGACUUUUUACUUAGUGCUGGCUUUGGCUGUAGUGUCCUUCCUGUUCAUCACGUGUUUAGUGGUUAUUAUAUCAGUGAAAAUCUACAGAUGGAGACAGUCUCGCGUCCUGUAUCACUCCAGUCUCCCUGUGAUUCCAUAUUAUCCUCCACGUUACUCAGACACUUUGGGGACAGGGACUCUCCCACACGUGUACAACUACGAGGUGUGCAGGACGACUGACUCCAGAAGGAGUGACUGUAAGUUCGGCGGAGCUGGUAGUCAGAACGUGUUGAUAAUGGACCCCAGUUCUACAGGGACGAUGCAGCGGAUACAGAGUGAGAAGAGCAUCCUGGAUGAACCAGACUCUCCUCUGGAGGUCAGUUUAAUAAUGCCAUCUCGUCUCUAUGCCAUUAUUAUUCUUUCUGUUUUUUGA